GCUAGCAUGUAAAUAACAGCAACCGCGGUGGUUUGUUUGGUGUCGCGCAGGCUCAUUAAAUAAACGAGUAACCGGCUUAUACGUACAGAGAACGAUAUUAUAUCUGCUACGUUCGUGAAAGUAAGUCUGGAAGAAGAAUAACUUACAGCGUUAAAUUAGCAGAACGCUUGAAUUUACAGCUAGUGAAGUGUCAGUUAGCACCCAGCUAUGAUAGAGACUAGCCGGAGGAGUUAACGUUAGAGCUUGACACGUUUAUUACCGUACAAUCAGCUAAACACGAUUUUCACUCAUUUUGAUUUAUAAUCCUCUCGUUACCGAUUCACAAGCUCGCUUUCAUUCGGACAGGGAUGAGAGCGUUUAGUGUCUAAAUGUGUUUUGCUGUGUUCAGUGUAGCAUGACACAGCAGGGAGUUGAUCAGAGCAACACAGCUGAUCCAGGAGCGAAUGCUGCUCGAUAAAACGCUCAAACAUUCGAGACCGUUAUCAUCUGCUCUGGGAUUCGCAGAAAUGCUUACAGAAAACAGGAAACGUCAGCGCGCCGAAGGUGAUGAUGAAGAUGCUCGGAUGCCUCAGGCCAAACGACUGAGUUCAGCCCUCCAGAGCUCGGAGACGGGUAGAGAAUCGUGGGAGUCUGAGUCUUCCAGCAGCGAGAGCAGUUGGAUCAGCAGCCCGGAUCACGCCGCAGGGAGCAGCAGCAGCAGCAGCCAUUGUGGAGUGGACGUCGUCGGGCCCCACAGCAGUCCCCGCAGUGCCUCCAAGCAGUCGGACCCCGCGGACCCGCUGUCCUACCAGCACAUCAACCGCGUCCUGAGGGAAGCCCAUUUCCACAGCUUACAGAGCCGAGCUCAGUCCAAGCACAGGUGACUUUCAGGGACACACACACACACAAAGCCCCCCCACCCGGUAGCGACCCCUAGAAGACAGGGUAAAACUUCUUCAUCUCCAUCCUCAUUCAAACCUGCUCCCACUUUCUAGAUCUCUCCGCUAGAGCUCAUGUUAUGUUGGCGUUUUACUGGAUGGAAACCAUGCCCUGGGUACUGUAAGCUCUUCGACUAACCAGAGCACAAAAGGGUUCAUUGUAAGCAAUAAAGGCUUGACUACGAUGCAAACUUUUGUGACUUUCACACUGUGUACUUUUCUUCUGAAAACGGCUGUAUCGAGAUGCAGUUCGGUGGGGAUUUGCACUUGGGAAUUUAUGUUGAUCGGAUAUAUCGAUGUGGACCAUAUAGCAAUUCAGCUGAGCACGUAGACGGGAGGCAUUGACACGGCAAAUCUGAUCGGCGAACUCCAUUGCCGUGCGUAGAGGAAGCCAGUCGGUUUAAUAUCAAAGACGGCGCCGAUGGGCAGAUCCGGGGGAAUUUCGUUCUAAUCUUCAGGUUCCCGCCUGAUCUCUUGCCUCCCCGACCAUCACCGAAGCCGGUUGCUCAUCCAGGCAUCAGGCCUUUGAGACCCCCGCGGAGGUUUUUUUUUUUGCGUGCCGUUCGAAUUCUGCAUUUAAAGAUUGUCGUUUAUUUUACUAUACCUUUUUGUAUUGAAAGAUGUACAUUACAUUUUACAUUCAGAUCAUCUACAUUUCUAAAUAAAGAUGGAUGUUCUUGAGCAGAA